AUGAGAGGGUGUAAGAGAAUUGCUGAGGUGGCGGCGGAGGAUGGCAUCAGAAUGACGAGAGCUAGAACAGCACUAGCCGCCACUACGACGGUGAGUAAAAGGAGAAAAGUUGAUGGAGGAGAAUUGGAGUUAGCCACAAAUUUAGUUCAGCUCGAAACUCAAACCCUAAGCAUAAUGACGCCGGAGAAUUCAGAUUCCGGAAAUUCAACAUGCGAGAGUUUUAGUUCCGAUCAUGUUUUAGCAUCUUGUUGCUCAAGCAAUGAAAUCAAUGAAGUGAUGAAAGGGAAUUCGAAAUUUUCAGAUCUGCAGGAGGAGAGUGAGAUUGUUGUGGAAGUCCAAACGUCGACAUAUGAUCUUGCGGAUUGUAGAGAGAGUAGAGCAAUCACUCCAUCGAGAGAGGUUGAAGCUGAGCUAGAGUCUACUUCGAGGCCACGAGAGGCAAAUUCUCGCAGUCCGAUGCAGAAGAUGCCUUCGGAAACUGAGAUCGAAGAAUUCUUCGCCGCUGCUGAAAAAGACCUCCAAAAACAAUUCACUGACAAGUACAAUUUUGACAUUCUGGAGGACUUACCAUUGGAAGGACGUUACGAUUGGGAUGAACUGAACCCCGAGUUUCCAUUUCAGUUGAAAACUAUACCUUUUCUCUAUUUCACUCUUUCUUUCUGGUCUUGCAAAUAA